UCUCAUACUAAGACUGAUGGAGGGGUAAUGACUGCAUUAGCUGCUCCUGGAUACAGUGGGCAAAAGCUCUGUGGUUGAUUAUUGAGCUCUGCCACGGGCACAGGUGAAAGGAAAAGGCUCAGAUGGGCCACAUGCUUGCCUUCCCCACACAGGUGACCUCCAAGGAGUCUUCAGAUGUGGAAGCUUCAAGAGCACCCUGACCCUUGAAAGUCUGCUAUUGACUGCCAACUUGAGGACAGUGUGUACUGUAUGUUUUAUUUCCAAAUGGCAUUGUGGUGUCUGGAGAACUGGUAGUGAACUAUCCCUCAGACCUCCAGUCUGUUCUUGGGGGUCUGAGGGAUAGAUGUUUUCAUCUCCAUGCUCCAGAACAGAAACUCCACUCCUUAAAGGCUGUGUGACCUUUGACAAGUGACUCAAUCUCUCUGAGCUUUAGUCUCCUCCCUGGAAAAGGAGUUACUUGUCACGGUCUUUACAGGGAUUACAUGGACGAGAGUGUUGGAGUUUCAGGACAGUAUCUAGAAGGUAGCAGCAAUUGAUAAUUUUGACCCUUUGCUCCUACAUUCUGGGUGAGCCCCAAGGGAGGGGGAUCACCCAGUGUUCCUUUUCCAGGGCCCAUGCCUAUGCAGCUAGUAUCUUGCUGACAUCUGGGAAUAUGGGCCCAAGCCUUGUCCCAGUUCCUCCCGGAUGUUAUGGAAACCUGAGGUGCCCAGAGCCUUGGAGACUGGCAUGGGAUGUCCUGCUCCAUCCGGAGGUACCUCCCAGUGACUCCCAGGCCCCACCCUAGGUUAGGUGGCAGCUCUUUUUGCUCAAAGCUCCAGUCCUGGUCCUGUCCAGUGCUCCAAGCCUGCUGGAUGCUGAGAGGCUGUGCCUACAAGUGCCAGAGCAAGAAGCUGGUCUUAAGCCUGGUCAUUUCUUCCUGUGGGUUCUGUGCCCUCUGCUGCCCACUGUGCUUGGUCUCGUCUUGAGUGCUGUCCAGAUUUGACUCUCCUUGUCUAGUUCAGGCCAGCUGCUGCUCAUAGUGGGAGCCAGAGCCACCAUGACCCGCUGGACGUCCCUCAAGGCCUCUAGGCCACACAAACCUGGCUCCUGGGAUCUGGCAGCCUCCCCCCGGCGUCUGAGUACCCCAUCCUUGGCCACCUUCCCCUGGAAGGCUCAGAAAUCCAGGACUGAGAUGUCUUCCCAGAAUGGUCCCUGGGUUCCCCAGCCCCACCAACCCUCUGCCUCCUGGCCCAGACAGAAACAGCAUCCACCAUUACAGCCCCAAGCCUCAGCUACACAGACCCAUGACGUGCCCCUGCCUGGAGUCAGCCUGGGGGCAGGCCAGGGUCCACCAGACCCCGGGAUGACCGCAGCCAGCCGGGCCAACCCCUACAGCAUCGUGUCAUCAGAGGAGGACGGGCUGCACCUGGUUACCAUGUCAGGCGCCAACGGCUUUGGCAAUGGCAAGGUGCAUACACGGCGCCGGUGCCGCAACCGUUUUGUCAAGAAGAACGGCCAGUGCAACAUUGAGUUCGCCAACAUGGACGAGAAGUCACAGCGCUACCUGGCUGACAUGUUUACCACGUGUGUGGAUAUCCGCUGGCGCUACAUGCUACUCAUCUUCUCCCUGGCUUUCCUUGCCUCCUGGUUGCUGUUCGGCAUUAUCUUCUGGGUCAUUGCUGUUGCCCAUGGAGACCUGGAGCCAGCCGAGGGCCGUGGCCGUACACCCUGUGUGCUGCAGGUCCACGGCUUCAUGGCAGCCUUUCUCUUCUCCAUUGAGACACAGACCACCAUUGGCUACGGGCUCCGCUGUGUGACUGAGGAGUGCCCCGUGGCUGUCUUCAUGGUGGUGGCACAGUCCAUUGUGGGCUGUAUCAUCGACUCCUUCAUGAUUGGUGCCAUCAUGGCCAAGAUGGCACGGCCCAAGAAGCGAGCGCAGACUCUGCUUUUCAGCCAUAAUGCCGUAGUGGCUCUACGUGACGGCAAGCUCUGCCUGAUGUGGCGCGUGGGCAACCUUCGUAAGAGCCACAUUGUAGAGGCCCACGUGCGGGCUCAGCUCAUCAAGCCCAGGGUCACGGAGGAGGGUGAGUACAUCCCACUAGACCAGAUUGACAUUGAUGUGGGCUUUGACAAGGGCCUGGACCGUAUCUUCCUGGUAUCACCCAUCACCAUCUUGCAUGAGAUUGAUGAGGCCAGCCCACUGUUCGGCAUUAGCCGUCAGGACCUCGAGACAGAUGACUUUGAGAUUGUGGUCAUCCUAGAAGGCAUGGUAGAGGCCACAGCCAUGACCACACAGGCUCGCAGUUCUUACCUGGCUAAUGAGAUCCUGUGGGGCCACCGCUUUGAGCCAGUGCUCUUCGAGGAGAAGAACCAGUACAAGAUUGACUACUCCCACUUCCACAAGACCUAUGAGGUGCCCUCUACGCCCCGCUGCAGCGCCAAGGACCUGGUGGAGAACAAGUUCCUCCUGCCCAGCGCCAACUCUUUCUGUUAUGAGAACGAGCUGGCCUUCCUGAGCCGAGACGAGGAGGACGAGGUGGCUACAGACAGGGAUGGCCGCAGCCCUCAGCCAGAACAUGACUUUGACAGACUGCAGGCCAGCAGCGGUGCCCUUGAGCAGCGGCCCUACAGACGGGAGUCGGAGAUUUGAGUGCCCUUGACUUAGGUGCAAUACCACCUUGACCAUGAUGGGUCCCGCGUCCCCUGGUGACCUGGGUUUGAGCAGAGCAAGCCAAAUGCCUCGGGUCACAGACUCAGUAGCAUCUUUAGUCUUUUCAUGUUUUUUCGCAAUAGCUUGGGGAAGUUGGCGGGAGAGUGGGCGACCAGAAUGAACAGCCCGUGGCCUCAGAUGUAUACACAUGGGCAAGGAGGCAACCUCUUGGGGUGGUGAACCACAGGAGUGGGGGACCCUGCUGGAGGCCUUGGAAGUAGCUCAGGAGAGGUCCCAGCCCUGGUGGGAGAGAGCUGUGUAUGCACACUUCAUUGGUUUUUAACUUGGAUAAGACUGUUUACAAACAAAAACAAACAAAAAAAGAAAACACUAACGUGGUUGAAUUUUUUUAAAUCAUAGUGUGGGAACAGUUAGAAUUCUACUCAGAGCUGCCAGACAAGCAGCUGGAUGGAAUGCCCUGAAGGUUCUCAGAGGCCUGGUGUCUCCCUCACGCAUGUCAGGGCCCAGCAAGUUGUCAUGCUUAAGGAUGAAUCCGGCUUGUGACCGUGUUAAUGAUUCUAAUAAAGUGUCUGGCUGUCUCUGGGGGUGGGGGCCCACUAGGAUGAAUCUGGCUUGAUCUUUUGUGUCUGACUUUGUACCUCAGCUGUAUCAGGGCUGGGUUUAGGACCUGGGGGAGCCCCCUUCCAUGUACCCCUGUUGUACUUCACUCCCUCUCUGCCCAAGGGCCCCACCCCUGCAGCGAGGGCCAGUAGGAAACACCAGAGUGGGUGCUUCUUAGGAAAGGACACCCAGGAAAUUAGCAUGGGGUCUGGUUCCCACACUCCUAGGGAGUGGGUCAGCCCCACCCCACUGGACUCAAGCUUGAGCUGUGCCUUAGACACUCUGGUUGUCUGGCUUCCAUCAUUUUUGCUUUUAUCAGACUUGUCCAGUCCUUCCCCGCUGCCCCUAACUCCACCCCGGAAGCCCUCACAAACCCCUCUGAGGGUGCAGAGGCUGUACUCCACCUGUCUCACAGCCACCUCAUCCCUCCCUGCCUUUCACCCACACAGUCCUGGGGCAGCCAGUCAUCUGCUGCUGGAAGGCAGAGUCUAGGAAAGGAGAGGAACACACCCCCAGCCCCCACCAGACCCCUGCCAACAUAGAGAUGACCAGAGAAAUAUCAUAAAAAAAACCAUUUCUGUUUAGUCUUUAGGGGCCUGGGAUGGAGCCUUUCCUCCCCCAUGACCCCAAGCCAUGGAGUCUUCCCCUAUUGCCCAGUCAGGGAGCCCUGAGGCGGGCUUGCUCCCAGGAAUUGGGAGCAAAUCCAGUUGAAGAUUUCAUGCUAAUUUCUAGCCUAGGAGAGUCGGCCUAGGACCUGCUGCAGAGGCCUCAGCUCCUUUUAGUUCUUGGCCUAGCCUCUGGCCCCAAUCUCACUGACUUUUCUAGCCUGGGCCCUGGGGCCUGAGGGUGCAUUCAGCGUGGGGGUGCUUGGCUUGCACCCACCUCUGUCCAGUUGUCAGGCUGAGGAGGAAGAAGGGUGAGUCCUGGCCACUGGGUACCACUGUGGGAGCCUAGGCACCUGUUCUUCCCGAGUCGGUGGGUCUGCACCCAGAGCAGGGUCUAGGGGCUCCUGGUCCUCCAGGGCCUGCUCCCAGCUCAUCUCAGUGGCCUGAAACAUUCAGCACUCUGGCCCAUCCUCCUCCCAGCCCAGGCCUGCCAGAAUGGUCCAGUCCCUGGGCCCUGCUGGAGAGCAGCUCAAGCUGCCUUUCAUCUCUGCCAAAGGCAGGCAGAUGCUGCAUUUUCAAAUUCUCCUGCCCUCUUUUUUCUCUUUCCCUGUAUUUAUUGCUUGUGCUAAAGACCAAACUUGCCCCUCUCUUUAGUGCACCUAAGUGGGGGAGGCCACUGAGAGGGGAGCCAUGUGCCUGUGCCAAGCAGGAAAGCUUGGCCCCUGGGGAGUGUAUGAAGAGGGAAGCCAGGGCGUGUGUGCAUGCAUGUACAGAUGUGCUCACAUGAUCAUCUCCCUGUGUGUGAGUCUUGGUAUGCAGACAUACGGUAUACACAGGUGUUUGUAUACAGGUAGUCUGUGUGUGUGUGUCUACCCACAGGUAUGUGUGUGCUUGUUUUCUUAUUGGGGUAAGAUGGGUUUGGUGCUCACCAACCUGAACUGGUCAGGUUGGGUGCUGGCCACAGACAUCAUCACAGUCCAACUUGAGUCCCUGCCCUGCCCUGGUUAUGCAGGCUGUGCACAGUGUGCAGCGGUUUGAGGAGUCUGAUGCCUCUGCACCAGGUCCUGAAGGAGGCCAUGGGUGCAUCUGUGCAUGCGAACAUGUGUGAGUGCAUGGAGGUCCCAGGGUGUGUGUGUGCGUGAAUGUCGGUGGGGUGGGUGCUGUGCGCAGCAUGUGAGAGCUGCCCUGAGCCCAUGCUGGUGCUGUGCCACCUGGUCCUUGUCCAGCUGAGGGCCUGGGGGCAGAAGGACAUACCAUAGGGAGGGCCCCUGUAGGGGUGUCUGCCCUGUGUGAGGUCAAGAAUGUUAAAUCUAUUUUAAAUGGUGAAACUGGAGAAUUUUCAUGUUAUUUUCAAUACGUAGCGGUAACUGAAGAUGUAGGCAACGAGACUAGACCACAUUAAAUGCAUUUUGAUCUCUUUGAA